AUGCCCUCCCAGCUUCCCCAGCCCGCCACGGCGGAGAGCGGGUCCAUCACUCAACCGGCCGCCUUGGACAACACCUACACAUCCGAUACCAGUCUCCAGCGGUCGUUACAAUGGUAUCUUCCAUCGAACACAUUACGAUCUACGGAGUCUCACUUCACUCAACUUGGCGCCGAAGCUGUCUCUGAUCAGGUGCGUGAGUGGACUGCUGAUGCCGAACGCAACCAGCCCUACGUCAAAAGUCACAACGUCUGGGGUAAACGAUACGACUAUGACCGACUUGUGACCACUGAGGGCUGGAAGCAGCUGGGCCACUGGGGUGCUCGUAAUAAAAUCGUGUCCGCCGGUUAUGAUCCCACCUUUGGACUUGAAAGACGAACCGUGCAAUAUGCGCUGAAUUACCUAUAUGCCCCUUCGUCGGGUCUAUACUCCUGCCCGAUUAGUAUGACCGAUGGUGCUGCUUUUAUUCUUGCACCUAGGCUGAAGGAACUACCCGCGAAACAUCCAUUUCACACUGUCUUCAAGGGACUCACCUCGGAAACAAAUGAUCAUUGGACAUCGGGUCAGUGGAUGACCGAGCGAGCUGGAGGAAGCGAUGUUCAGAAUACCGAGACCUGGGCGACCCAUUCGCCACUCACAAAGUCUGCGGGCGUGGAUACAUUGGGAGAGGGAGAAUACCUAAUCAAUGGAUUCAAGUUCUUCUCCUCUGCCACAGACGCCAAUGUCGCACUUCUCUUGGCCAAGACGCCAUCAGGAAAACUGAGUACAUUCCUCGCCCCGCUACGCCGAACAGUGAUCGGAGAGGAUGGCGUUUCUCGCCAGGUUUCAAAUGGCGUGAGAAUCCAUCGAUUGAAGAAUAAGCUUGGUACCAAAGAGCUGCCAACCGCUGAGCUAGAGUUGAAGGAUAUGAGAGCCCAUCUGGUCGGUGAAGUUGAUCAAGGUAUCAUCACCAUCGCACCUCUUCUCAACGUGACUCGGAUUCACACGUUUAUCGGGUCUCUAUCCGGAUGGCGCCGAGCUCUCAGCAUCACGAAAAGCUUCGCAAAGGCUCGAUCUACCGUCGGAGAACCCUUGUGGCUCAUUCCUAUGCAUCUGCGACUAUUGGCCGAUUUAGAAGUCAAGCACCGCGGUGGUAUGAACCUUGCCUUUUUUACCGUUGCUGUGAUGGGAUUGGUGGAAAACAAGGUCUCUCAACCUUCAGAGCUAGCACAUUUGCCCCGCCCAGGUAAGGAAGCUAAUGUCGUAUUCCGCACUUUGACCGCCACUGCAAAGGCUGUGGUGAGCAAAAUGUGCGUUCUGGGAAUCCAAGAAUGUCAAGAAGCCAUGGGCGGCGUAGGUUAUAUGGAUGAGGCAGAUGAGCCUGAGUUUAAUAUCUCGCGAAUUCUCCGAAACACCGCAGUCAACUCUAUCUGGGAAGGAACUACAAAUGUCCUGGCUAGUGAAACGGUCCGAUUCCUUACCAAGGGAAAUAACCUAGAGAUCUUUGCCGCUUGGCUUGACCGAAUCUUGGGGUCGAUCCGUACGCAGAGUCUCCGGUCUACCUUGAUCAGUGCGUGGUCAGCACUGCGGACGAGAUUUUCCCCGGAGAGCCGUUCGCCUGCGGCUAUUCUGGCCGACGCACGCCGCUAUAUGUUUACUCUUGCUUGGAUUAUGUGCGGUGCGCUCUUGGCUGUUGAUGCGGAGCGAGAUAAUGAUCCUGUUACCACGGAAAUUGCCCGACGCUGGGUCCUGGACGCGGAGGGUGGUGUUGGGGACAAUGUUUUCCACGACAUUAUCACGGUCCAGAACGACCAGAGUAAUGAUUCAGAUGGCGAAAAGCACCUCCAGUGGGACUGCAGAAUCGCAUGGGGUGUCGAACUACCAGCUCAACGAGCUUCUGGUCAUCGCUCCUUGCAAACUGCCAACUCCAAAUUGUAA